AUGAGGCGUGCAUGGCUAUGGAUUCUGCUCAUAGGGUUAUCAAUGGCGAUCACGGUGGCCGGUGAUUGUGACGAUGAGGAAGAAGAAGAACCACUUACGCGAUAUCCCAUAGUAUUAUUCAAAUGGAAAGAGGUGAAGGUACCGCUGACGGUGUCUUUAUGGCUUGUAGGAGCUAGUAUAGCCAAGAUAAUCUUUCAUGCUAUCCCUCACCUAACGGAAAUGUUUCCGGAUUCUGCUUUACUUAUUAUGAUAGGUCUCAUCAUUGGAAUUUAUUUUCAACUUGGCCGGAGUCGCUAA